GGCCAGGGCCCUCCGCAGGCGAGCCGGGCUGCGGUUUCCCUUCUCCGCCCCCGAGCUCCUCCUCCUUCGUCGUAGUCCCGCCCACCUAGGAAGCGACUACUGCGUCUGCACCUUUUUCCUUGUCCCCGCCCCCUAUCUAAACCGGAUGUUGACUGAUUUCCCAUAGUGCCUCGCGAGUGGCGGGCAUGAUAGCGAGGUCUGAAGAGUUGCUUGCGAGUUCAAGUCGUCAUUGUUGGGGUUGUUCUCUUGCGCUCGGGAGCUGCACAAGAUUGGGGCCUGGUCAGUGCUUUGUCUACGGGUGCAAUGGCGCUUCUCCGGGGCGUGUGGGGCGUGCUGAGUGCCCUGGGAAAGUCAGGAGCGGACCUCUGUGCGGUUUGUGGAAGUCGACUGCGCUCUCCGUUCAGUUUUGCGUAUGUACCAAGAUGGUUUUCAUCCACCCUGAGUGGUUUUCCAAAGAAGCCUAUGACUUCAUACGUUCGAUUUUCUAAAGAACAGCUACCCAUAUUUAAAGCUCAGAACCCAGAUGCAAAAAAUUCAGAACUAAUUAAAAAAAUUGCUGAGCUGUGGAGGGAACUUCCUGAUUCAGAGAAAAAGAUAUAUGAAGAUGCUUAUAGGGCAGACUGGCAGGUGUACAAAGAAGAGGUAAACAGAAUUCAAGAACAGCUAACUCCAAGUCAAAUGGUAUCUUUGGAAAAAGAAAUCAUGCAGAAACGUUUAAAAAAGAAAGCGUUAAUCAAAAAGAGAGAAUUAACAAUGCUUGGAAAACCAAAAAGACCUCGAUCAGCUUAUAACAUUUUUAUUGCUGAACGCUUUCAGGAAGCUAAGGAUGGUCCAUCACAGGUAAAGCUGAAAACUAUAAAUGAAAACUGGAAAAAUCUCUCUAGUUCUCAAAAGCAAGUAUAUAUUCAACUUGCUGAAGAUGAUAAAGUUCGUUAUUAUAAUGAAAUGAAAUCUUGGGAAGAACAAAUGGUUGAAGUUGGGCGAAACGAUCUUAUACGUCGCUCAAUGAAACAUUCAGCAAAGAAAGACACUGAGGAGUGUUGAAAUAGAAGGUUGAGCUAUGUUCGUAAUGGAUAGACACGAGAAACCAAUUAGGUCUCAAUACCUGAAGCUGUUGUAAAAUUAGAAAGGAUAAAGUUGGUAAACAUUUUAUAUUUAAUUCCUUUUCUUUAGCCUAUGGACUUUUGCCAGCCAGUUCAAUACAUAGGUAUUGAUGUCUUACUUUGGAAAACCCAAACAGAAAAGAAUUUAUGCAGAAUUUAUUUUGUGUUUAGGAACCACUAAGCAUCAGAAUAAUUCAUGAAAUGUAGCAGUGAAUCGUUUUACCUUUGUUAAAGGUAAAUCAGACUGUGAAGACUUUUUAUACUUGAUGGCUAUGGAAAGAGUAUUCUUGUUUCCUUAUAUUAUGGAGGCAAGUUUCCUAUUCAAAAAUGUUUCAAAUUUUGUAGAAGCCAUAGUGUUCUAUGAUAUAAUUGUGUAUUUUUAAAAGAGCAUCCAGAACUCAUCUUGGUAAAUUCCAAAUCCUAGGUAUAAUUCAUGUUGUAGUCAGAGUCGAUGGUUGUAUGUGGAAAGGAUUGCUGGUGCAACUUUUAUAAAAGUGAGAGAUUUAUAACCCUUUUCUUCAUCAUCUUUUUUCCUAUAGUACAAACUAAAAAAUUAUGUACCAAAUCUAUGCGUAAUGUUUUAUAUUGCAGAGAAUAAAAAUGUAAGUGUUUC